ACCAAGCCAGCCAGCCAUCCAUCCCAGCAUAGGAGUAUUAUUUAGCUCGAUCGAGCUCAAUCUACUAUCUGCUUAAUUACACGGUUUCUGAUCGUCGCAAUUAAUGGCGAACCACGGCGCCGCGGCCCUCCUCCUGAUCGCGUCCGUCCUCGCGGCGGCCGCCCUCUCCGGGGCGGACGCGCGGCUGACGGUGCGGCCCAACAUGGCGGCGGCCCUCCGCGCGGCCAACGGGAGGUUCGCCGUGCGCCCCGGCACGAAGGUCACCCUGCGGCGCGACGCGCAUGGAGGGUACGUGGUGGACGUCGCGGCGGUGCCGGACCUGACGUGCAACACGGUGCGCGGGGUGCAGGCGGACGAGACGUGCUUCUCCGUGGCGCAGGGCGCGGGGCUGACCCAGGACCAGUUCCUCGCCUUCAACCCCAACAUCAACUGCGCCAAGAUCUUCGUCGGCCAGUGGGUCUGCCUCGACGCUACUACAUCCGCCUGAGUGCUAUGCCAUGCCUGCCUCUUGCUAGCUUUGAAUAAGGAGCUCGAUCGGUUUCGUUCUCUAUCUGUCGUUGCGUUCCUCUCCAGAUCGUCGGCUGGUUUUGUCUGCCGCAACUUUUCUGUAUUCCCGCAGUGAUAGAUGCGUGUCGUCGUCAAUCUGUCCCUGCAACAUAUUUUCCAUGAAAAAAAAACUGGUUUCAUCGGUU